CUGCUCUCUGUAGUCAUGACUGGCUGCUUCCUGUGGCAGUACUACCUCCCCAAGCUGCAGACUGGUUCCUUGGGAUCAGAGGGGACCUCUGUUCCUGUGAGGAUGUGUCCCCAGCACCCUGAACCUCUGCCUCUGGCUCACCCACUCCCUGUGUUGGAGGAGGCCCUGGAGAAGGUGGAUGGGAUCCUGCGCCAGGCCAUGUCCAUGCCAGGCCUGGCUGCCAUGUCUGCAGUUGUCAUCCACAAUGACACUGUGCUCUGGACUGGGAACUUUGGGAGGAAGAAUGGCUCAGGCCCCAAUUCUGGGGUCCCCAAUAAGUACACCAUGUACCGGAUCUCCAGCAUCUCCAAGAUCUUUCCAGUCCUCAUGCUGUACCACCUGUGGGAGGCGGGCACCGUGGCCUCCCUAGAUGACCCCCUGGAGCGCUAUGCCAGCACCUUCACCAUUCACAACCCACUGGGCAUGGCCUCAGCCCCCCAGCACCAGGGCCUGCUGGAUGGACUAGAGGAGGUGGACCCAGCCCCCAGGACUUUGGCUGUCACCCUCUGAAGGAUGGCCAGCCAACUUUCAGGGUUGCCCAGAAGGCUUCGCUCCACAUUGCUGCUGUGGAGGGGCAGCACCCAGGAGGUCCUGAGCCUACUCAAGGAUGAUGUGCUGGUGGCCGACCCAGGGACCAGGUGCCAUUACAGCACGCUGGCCUUCUCACUGCUGGCGCACGUGCUGGCGGCCCAUACCGCCCAGGGUGACUACCAGCGCUGGGUCUCAGAGAACGUACUGGAGCCGCUGGGGAUGGCGGACACGGGCUUUGACUUCACGCCCUCGGUGCGUGCCCGCCUGGCCGCAGGCUUCUACGGCAGCGGACGGCCCGUGCUGCUCUACGACCUGGGCUGGUACCGCCCGUCCGGCCAGAUGUAUUCAACGACCGCCGACCUGGCCAAGCUGGCCGUGGCGCUCCUGGGCGGCGGCCCCCAGAGGCUCCUGCGGCCCGAUGCGGCCAAGACGCUGCUGGCGCCCCUGCUGGCGUGCCCCGCCGCCUACUUCGCCAACGAAACGGGCACGCUGUGGGAGUUCCACACGCAGCGAGGCUACCGCGUGGUGUGGAAGGACGGCGACCUGGACGGCUACGCCGCCACCUUCUCGCUGGUGCCCCCGCUGCGCCUGGGCCUGCUGCUGUUCCUGGCCGGACCUCGGCCUCCCGGGCGCGACCUGGUGGCGGAGGCCUACGAGUCCCUGGAGCGCGCGCUCUGCCAGGCCAAGCGCAGCCCCGCGCCGCUGCCCAGCGAGCGCCCCUUCGCGGGCUACUUCACCUUCGCCAACCUGACCUACGAGGUGCGAGCCGGGCCGGCGGGCGAGCUGCGCCUGCGCCAGUUCGGGCCUCCCAUGGAGGCGCUGGUGCCGCCCGCCUUCCGCACGCUCGGCCUGCGCCAUGUGCGCGGCCGCGUCUUCCAGCUGCACGUGGCCGGCGAGUUCCCGUGCGCGCUGCCGCUCGGCGACGCCUGGUUCUCGCUGGAGGCCCAGCACGGGCAGCUCAUCAGCUUCUACCCCUUGGAUCACCACGGCCUGUCCCCGGGCUUCGACGUGCCCGGCCUCAACACUUACCGGGUGCUGAGAAUGCAGCGAAAGCCCGUGUUCAAGACCCAGUGACCCCGGGCGAUGUCUGGGGCCUCCAGUCCCCUUGGCCUGCAGCUUUCCAACCUGAGGAGGCUGCGAAGAUGCUGAGAGCCCGAGGAGUCGGCUGAGUAGGGUAGGCGGUGCUACUUAACGUGUCCUGGACCACAGCCAAUUUGCAAACUGUCGGAGGAGGAGUUAAGAACAGAAAUUGAGUGAGCAGUUAGAAACUUUUGGAAGCAUUUAGAAGUUUUACUUUUGUGUCUCUUGAACCUAAGACAAAGCAUAAGGUUAUAUUUUGUCCCCCCCCCCCGGAGUUUUUGAGACAAGGUCUGACUACAUAGUCCGGGCUGGCCUCAAACUCAUGAUCCUCCUGGAUUAGUGUCCUGAGUACGGACUUCAGGCAUAUGCCACCACGCCUGGCUAUAUUUUGUCAUUUUAAAAUCAACCAUACAGUGUUAUAAUUUACCAAAAAUGCAACACAUUAAGGUACAGUUUGUUUGCAGCCCUGGAGGUGCAACCCAGGGCCUCAUGCAUGCUAGGCAAGCUCUCUACCAUUGAGCUACAUCCCUAGUCCCAGUGAGAUGAUUUUGAUAAGUAUUUAAACCCAUUGCCAUAUUCAAGACACAGGAAAUCUCCUUCAAUCCCCAGAGAUCCCCCCUACUCUUCCUUUGUAGUCAGUUCCCUUACCCUCACCCAGCC